AUGAAUCCGCUAACAAAUACUAAAAACCAAAACUUGAUAAAUGAACGCGAACUGCGCCUUGGAUACACGGGGAAAGUUAGCAGUUGGCAUCGACAGUACAAGGACUCUGCCUGGAUUUUCAUCGGCGGCCUGAGCUACGAACUCACUGAGGGCGACGUCAUUUGUGCCUUCUCUCAGUAUGGUGAAGUAGCCAACAUAAACCUCGUGCGAGAUCGUGAUACAGGCAAACCCAAGGGUUUCGCUUUCCUCUGUUACGAGAAUCAAAAAAGCACAAUUCUUGCUACAGAUAAUUUGAACGGCAUCAAGCUUGGUGGCCGUACAAUUCGAGUCGAUCAUGUUGAAAAGUACAAGGUACCACAUAUGGGACUUUUGAAGGUUGGCAGGGAGAAUCCCGACCAAAUACCACCUUCGAAUUCUGUUUCUGACUUUGUUCGCCAGCACGGUUGCGGGCCCGAGGCAAUGCAGCACAUUUCCAGAUUUCAGAGGGCCAAGAAGGCUGGACGCACCGAACAGGUAUCAUCGAUGCAAUCCCGUCAGAGCCGGUCACGUUCUCCCGGAUUGGACCACGGUAGACGGCGCCAGUCGCGCUCGCCAUCACCCCCUCGAGGAGCAAGCAAACAUUUGCCUUCGAUAUCGCCUCCACGUGAAGCCUGUGGAUGUUCACCCCCGUCUCCGUGUUCACCAUCCCGACAGAGUGGCCACUCAUUCUCUCGAAUUUACCAUCUACCCCCACGAAUGAAGGAUUCGCCUCAGCUGCCACAGCGAUGUGCCGUUUUCUCUGCUCGAGGGAACUAUCGGCCAUUCCCCGUCUCCGCUUCUGUAAGGCGACUCCAGCCGUCCACAUCUGUGUCCCGAGAGCUGGAAGAAAGUCGACUUCCCUCACCUCCUCGUCAACGACCCCGACCUACUUCUCCAUUGUCUGCCAGGAGAGAAUUUGACCAUUUCGCGUCUUCCCCUUCCCCUUCUCGUGGAAGUCGACCUUCACCUGUCUCUCCACUCGCCCGCAAAGGACGCCUACCCUCCGUCUCCCCUUCGCGAAAAUCAGGUUUACCAUCAGUCUCCUUUUCAUUGA